UUUGCGCUUGAAAAUAUAUUUUUAUGAAUUAAAAGUGAAUAAGGUUAUGGAAAAUUGGAUGAUGGAACUGCCUAACUGGCGAUGCCAGUUAGGCUCAACUGUGAGAAUUAAUAGGACGAAUGUAUUGCGAAUGUUCACCUCAUUCAUGAAUGUGUGUUUGCUGUGUUUUUUGUUUUCGUGUAGAAGAUUUGGCUCAAGUUCUCCGUAUAAAGUUCCAGCAACAACAAGAAUUCAUCGAAAAGAGUUCGUUCUGUCGAGAACAGCUCUUGUUCUCGCAUUGAUACUGUUCUUUGCUACAGCUGAGGGCAACCCCAGGGGGAUUGACUGGGGUCAGUGGUGGACGUACGAGGGGAUAUCAGGCCCCAGGUUCUGGGGGGUCAUUAACCCCGCGUGGGGGAUGUGUAGGGAUGGCAGACGCCAAUCCCCCAUCAACGUGGACCCCCGCACCCUCCUCUUCGACCCCAACCUCUCCCCCUUCACGGUCGACAAAACCAGCGUAGCAGGUGAUCUGGUCAACACAGGGCACAGUGUUGAAUGGCAUAUGGGUGGCUACUCCUCGUACGAUACUGAUGACCAAUCAUUCGGCCAAUCAUCCGGCCAAUCAUCCGGCCAAUCAGCCAAUAUAGCGCCAAUCAGCCAGCUAACUUCCUCGCCAAGUCGCUCAGUUCUCCCCAAAGACUACAACGACUGGAAGAACAGUCGCCAGAACUACACCGUUAACAGCGACUUAUCAAGUCGCGGUUUACGUAACCGAGGGUUGGUGACCCCCCGCGGGGGGUCUGAGGGCAGCAACCCCCUUGCAAACAUGUCUGGGGGGCCGUUGUCGUACACGUAUUCCCUCACACACACACGACUCCACUUCGGCGACACCGACCAGCAGGGCUCCGAGCAUCUGCUCGACGGCCGGCCUUUCCCAGCUGAGUUGCAGAUUUACGGCUACAACUCCCAACUCUAUCAAAAUUUCAGCGAAGCCUCCAGCAAAGUUUACGGAGUAGCAGCGAUUGCAAUAUUUUUGCAGAUAGGAGACGCAGUGUCACCGGAGCUGCAGGUCAUGCUGGGCGACGUCAAGGCGAUCAAAUAUGGCGGGUCGAGCGUGCGCACGUCGCCCGUGCGGGUGGACCAGCUGGUGCCCAGCACCCAGCAGUACAUGACCUAUGAGGGCUCCACCACCGAGCCCGCCUGCCACGAGACUGUAACAUGGAUACUGCCUAACAAACCUGUCUACAUCACCCGUGACAAGCUGGAGGAGCUGCGGGGGCUGCGGCAGAGCAGCGCACCUCCGCUCACCCACGCCACGCUCGCCAACAACUUCCGCCCCGCGCAGACGGCGCACCACCGCACCGUGCGCGCCAACAUCCAGCGCCGCCCCCUCGGCGAGGAGACGCGGUGUCACAUCGCCGACCCAAGGUUUGCUUACCGAGUUGGGAGUUGGCUGGGGUCAUGAUAAGGGGGCACCGCCUUCCCCAUCACUGUACUUCGCUUUAAACUCCCAUCCCAAGAUCUCACUGAUGUUCCGCGCUCCGCCCUCGCUUUCCUGCCAAAAAAUAAAGGCUGCCGCUGACUGGCCGACGAUGAUUCGGCCAAUAUUCUGCAGCGCACCCACACUCAAAGAAAUAAAGGGAUUAUAUUGUCCAAAUUGUGACAUUUUCUGCACGUAGUACUGACUGAUACUUAAUUUGGCCGGGCCAAAUUGGGUGAGGAUGAGCAUCGCAAGGGCAGAAAGUGUGUCGCUAUUUAGACAAAUUCUCACUAAUUUUUUUAGAGCACAUGUGAUAUACAGAGAGCGUGGCUCUCAGCUUUUCUGUACGCCUUUUACUUACCAUUUGAAUUUACCUGCGCCGUGUAUAUAUGGGAUAUGGUAUAU